CAGUUCGUAGCUGAGCAAAAAGGAGCACAAGAAACGUAUUUGCGACCGGUAAGUAUACACUAAGAACGCAAUAUAUAAUAAAUAACGUAACAUAUACUAAUAACAAAUAAUGUUUUUCCAGAUGUUUGCAUUACUUCAGUUCGAGCGAGAAGCUGGAGAGCCAAACCGUCGACUGUGAAAAAAUGAAUAACUGCGCCAUCACCUUGCCAAACGAUGAUAACAAAUGGCUCAGCUUCACCAACUACUGCAGGAAAGAGCGGGUCCCGUUUGUAGUUUACGUCGACUUGAAAUGCAUCCUGGAGAAGGCACCGAGGGAAAAACAAACGAGUUCGUAUGCGUAUCAACAUCAUAACGUAUUUAGUAUAGCGUAUUACGUGCGAUGUUCCUACAACGAGUCUUUAUCCGCGUAUCGAUGUCGUCGCGAUCCGGAUUGCAUCUCGUGGUUUGUCAAAGAACUUGAAGAACUAGCACAUCGUGUAAAGGAUAUUUUGUCUGCAAAUGUCUCCAUGGAAACUUUGUCGAAAGAACAGUGGGAGACAUUUCGGAACGCUACGCUGUGCCAUGUGUGCGAGAAAUCAUUCGCAAAGGAUGAUACAUGCGUGCCCGAUCAUUGCCACCUGACUGGACGGUACAGAGAUCCCGCACAUUCCAAUUGCAAUCUAAAUUACCGAGUCAGUUACUGCAUUCCCGUGGUCUUUCACAACUUAUCCGGUUAUGAUUCGCACUUCAUUAUCAAAGAUAUAGCAACCACGUUUGAAGGNAAAGCAAGAAAUAUUCAAGAGACAUCUGAAUUUACUGUGUCAGGUGAUGGUACAUGGAAAAAACGCGAGUUCUCUUCCUUAUAUGACGUUUCCUCUUUAAUUGGAUAUUAUACUGGAAAAAUUAUAGAUAUUGUUACGAAAAGCGCAUAUUGUAAGAAAUGCGAGUACUGGGAUAAAAAAGGAUACUCAGGAAUAUGA